AUGCGUAAUAUGAGCCAUCGUUUGUUAAUUAUAGGCGUUAAUGUUAGUCACUGAAAUUAAAAAUUGAGACUAGCCGUGCGUUUCGCCGUAUUUUCGAGGAUAAAAGAAGCGAAUAGUCUGAGGACCAGAGGACAUUGUUACUGUUAUACUAUUAUCACGAGGCUCUGCUUACUGACACUAACCGAAACUGAGCCCCGGAAGGCUGUGAGUGAGUGAGUGUGUGUCUGUCUGUCUGUCUGUGUGUGUGUUUGUGUGUGUGUGUGUGUGUGUGUGUGUGUGUGUGUGAGUGAGUGAGUGAGUGAGUGAGUGAGUGUGUGUGUGUUUGAGUUGAGAAAUAGCUUCAAUAGUGAUGUUAGCUCAGCCCUCUGAGAUCUGCAACUAAUUCUAAAACUAAUGCACUAACAGCUUUCUUAAUGGGACGGAAGAAGUUAAGCUAGGACAGAAACUUUGCGUCCAUUCAUUUCAUCAAUCUUCUCAGCGGCAAUGAUCUCGUUAAGAUUAUCAGUGUUGCUAUGGCUAUCAUUGAUAAUAACCGAUAAUCAAGUUAGCUGUACCUCCAGACUAAAUAUACCAAAAGUGUUGCUACCACUUGCCAGAAGUACAAGGAUUAACUUCACAUUGGAAACUACUGAAGGCUGCUACAGAUGGUUUUCCACCAGGCCAGAGGUUGCAAGCAUCCAAGCUCUGGAUGAAGAGAGAGGCAAAGGCUGCUCCAAGAGUGCUGUUCUACAGGCUCUCUCCACCCAGCCGUCCAGACUCACCAGCAUCAUUCUGGCAGAAGAUGUUGUUACAGGGCAGGUACUACGCUGUGAUGCCAUUGUGGAUAUCAUCAGUGAGAUCCAGAUUGAGUCCACCACAAGAGAGCUACAUCUUGAGGACUCACCGCUUGCACUCAGAAUUCAUGCACUGGACUCUGAAGGAAACACCUUCAGCACCCUCGCUGGUCUAGUGUUUGACUGGACCUUAGUGAAAGAUGUAGAUGUGAAUGGAUUCUCUGAUUCUUACAAUUCAUUACGGGUAAUGAAGUUCUCUGAGUCCACAUACAAACCCCCUGGAUACAUAUCUGAAAUGGAGCGUGUUGGGAAACAGGGUGAUAUUAUUUUGGUUUCUGGACUGAAAACAGGACAUGCUAAAUUGAAGGCCAAAAUACAAGAGUCAUUGUAUAAGGAUGUGGGUGCAGCGGAGGUGAGGCUGCUGAUUUUGGAGAACAUAAUGCUGAGUCCUGCGCAUGACGUCUACUUGUUGGCGGGAACUUCCAUCCGAUACAAAGUCCUGAAGAUAAAACAGGGCACGAUCACAGAGCUCUCUAUGCCCUGCGAUCAGUAUGAGCUGCACCUCCAGAACAGUGUGGUUGGACCUAAUGGAAAUACAGAAAUUAUUGUAGCCAGUCUGGAUCAAAACAUCUCCACGGUCACAGCAAUUCAACUGGGACACAUCAAUGUGGUGCUGGACCAUAAGAGCCUUCGAAUGCAAGGAAUCUCUCGCCUCCCCAACAGCACUUUGCAUGUGGUUGAACCAGGUUACCUAGGUUUUAAAAUUCAUCCAGGAGACAGCUGGGCUCUCGAAACAGGCAGAGUGUAUGAUAUCGGCAUUGAAGUAUUCGAUAAAUCCGGCAACAAAAUCUACCUCUCUGAUAAUGUCCGUAUUGGCACCGGUUUUCCUUCGGAGUACUUCGAAAUCCUGGAGUCUUCUCUGAAUGGAUCAUAUCAUCGUGUCAAAGCGCUCAAAGAAGGCCUAACUCUCAUCAAUGCUACCCUGAAAGCUGUUGUGGUUGAAAAUGGAGAGGUCCAUGCACUCGCCAACCCAGUCCACAAUGAACAGGAUGUGGAAAUCUAUAACCCUAUAGUUCUUAGUCCAAGUAUUCUCACAUUUCCAUGGCAGCCCAAGGUUGGAGCUUAUCAGUACACAAUAAAGGCCACAGGAGGGAGUGGAAAUUUCAGCUGGUCUUCAUCGAAUACAGCUGUAGCCACUGUGACGGUGAAAGGAGUGAUGACAACAGUCAGUGACAUUGGCGUCAGCAUAGUUUAUGCUCAUGAUCUCCGCAAUCCACUACACUAUGGACAGAUGAAGGUGUAUGUUGUUGAGCCUGUGGCGAUGGACUUCGCUCCGUGCCCAGUAGAAGCCAGGGUGGGCCACAUUCUCGAUCUACCCCUCAGGAUUUUUGGCCUGCUGGAGGAGGUGGAAAAAGAGCAGGUCAUGUUGAGUGACUGCUCCCACUUUGACCUGCAGGUUGAGGAGGGGCACAACGGCAUCUUCCAGCUGCUAGAUGGGAAGCUGGCACCAGGCCAAGAUCACUGCAGCGGGGUGAGAGCCAAAGCCCUGGCCCCCGGUUACACCACGCUUUCUGUCAGCUACACCCACGGCAACGUUCACCUCAGUGCCAAGAUCACAAUUGCUGCUUAUCUUCCUCUCACGGCCAUUGACCCUGUAUCUGUGGCGGUGGUGACUCUGGGAUCAUCUAAAGACAUGUUGUUCGAGGGUGGGCCACGGCCUUGGAUUUUAGAGCCCUCCAAGUUCUUCUGCAGCUUGCGUGCUGAGGAUGAGGCCAGUGUGAGCCUCACUCUGACCAACCCUUCAUCUCACAACUAUAACCAGCACUGGGUCAGAGCAACAUGCAGGACCCUGGGAGAGCAGGUGCUGGAGGUGACGGUGGGGAACAAGGCUAGUGUGACCAAUCCUUACCCUGCUGUGGAGCUGGCAGUGGUGAAGUUUGUAUGUGCUCCUCCGUCUCGCCUCACGCUGGUCCCAGUGUAUACCAGCCCACGUCUAGACCUGAGCUGUCCACUGCUGCAGCAGAACAAACAAGUGGUACCUGUUUCAAAUUACCGUAACCCCAUUUUGGACCUGGCUGCUUUUGAUCAACAAGGAAGAAAGUUUGACAACUUUAGCUCCCUGAGCAUAUUGUGGGAAUCCACCAAGGAGUCCCUGGCCAGUAUCGAACCCACAAUGCCCAUGGAGCUUCAGCUGUUAGAGGAUGGCAACAAACAGAUGAAACUUCACGGACGUCAGACAGUUCUUGUACACCAUCAGACGGGGAUUGCUGCCAUUAAAGUGACAGCUCUUGGUUACCAAAUUUCACAUCUCGAAGCAGCCCAAGUUCCCAGUCCAUAUGACCCCUUGACCCCAGUCUCAGCCACUCUUGAACUCCUGUUGGUUGAAGAUGUGAAAGUUUCUCCUGAUACAGUAACCAUAUACAACCAUCCAGAUGUGCGGGAGAAUCUGGCCCUGCAAGAGGGUUCAGGGCACUUUUUUGUCAAUACCAGUGUUAGCGGGAUAGCAGACGUGGUGUUCCAGGAUGGCCAAGGAACAGCUCAGGUUACUCCGGUGCGCCCGGGUGUGGUGAAGGUGAUGGUUCACGAUCUUUGUCUGGCAUUUCCAGCACCUGCCGAAGCCACAGUACACGUUUCUGACAUCCUGGAGGUCUACGUGAGAGUGGUUGACAAGGUGGAGAUUGGCAAAUCUGUGAAAGCUUAUGUCAGAGUCUUGGAUGAUAACAAGAAGCCGUUCCCUGCCAGCUAUUUUAAAUUCAUGAAUCUAAAACUCAAGGCUGCUUCUGCAAUAGUCUCUCUAAAACAUUUAUCGGAGUCCACAGAACACGAUACUGCAGUUUUCCUGGUGAAAGGUGCCACAAUUGGUCAGACCACUCUGUCAGCUGUUGUUGUUGACAAAAAUGGCAAAAAAAUUGCAUCUGCCCCUCAACAAAUUGAGGUAUUUCCACCAUUCAAACUCAUCCCAGGAAGAAUGACUCUGUUAAUUGGAGCAAUGAUGCAGAUCACAUCUGAGGGGGGCCCUCAGCCUCAAUCCAACAUCCUUUUUUCCAUUUCCAAUGAGGAGAUCGCCUCUGUUAACAGCAUUGGUCACGUCAGAGGUGUUACUGUCGGUAAUGUCACUGUGACUGGACUGGUACAAGCUGUUGAUGCUGAGACUGGGAAGCUAGUUGUUGUGUCUCAGGAUCAAGUGGAAGUUGAGGUUGUGCAUUUGUUGGGCAUUCGAAUCAGAGCGCCUAUCACUAGGAUGAAGACAGGGACACAGAUGCCUGUAUAUGUGAUGGGACUCACCAAUAGUCAAACCCCCUUCUCCUUUGGCAAUGCUGUACCUGGUCUGACCUUCCACUGGUCCACCACCAAGAGAGACAUCCUGGAUGUUGAGUCAAGACAUGUUGAGGCUAGCGUGGAGCUCCAGUCAGAGCACAACUUUGGCAUGAGGAUAUCUGGAAAGACAAGAGGGCGGACAGGGCUCAAAGUGGUGCUCAGAGUUAGUGACCCCAUGGCUGGACAGCUAGUGGACAAUCUGCAGGAGCUCACAGAUGAGAUUCAGAUCCAGGUCUAUGACAAGCUGCACAUGCUUAAUCCCGAAGUAGAGGCUGGGGAGAUACUGAUGGCUCCGAACUCAGCCCUGAAACUCCAAACUAACAGGGAUGGUGUUGGUGCACUCUCCUACCGGAUGCUGGAUUUUCCUGACCAGGUUGUUAUCGCUCAAGUAGAUGAUAAGGGCCUCCUAUUCUCUAGCUCUCUCACUGGAAUCUCUUCUCUGCUGAUCACCUCGCAAGAGACCUUUGGUGUCAAUCAAACUCUCAUCCUCGCUGUGAAGGUGGUGCCUAUGUCUUAUGUGCGCUUCAGUACCAGUCCAGCGCUCUACACACACACCAGAGAGAACCUGAAAGCCUUCCCACUGGGCAUAGUGAUCACCUUCACUGUCCACUUUCACUCCAGCACCGGAGAGGCCCUACACAGCUCCAACUCCCAGCUCACGUUUUCCACUAACAGAGAUGACCUGGUGCAGGUGGGGAUUGGGCCUACUAACAAUACUUUGACAGUGAGGACAGUCAACGUAGGCCUCACCCUUCUUUCGGUGUUGGACAAUGAAAACGCGGGCGUGGCAGACUAUGUUUCAAUACCUGUGGAGAACGCUAUCCACCCUUAUGAAAGCCACAGACUGGUGGUGGGAGACGUGAUCUGCUUCUCUGCGCAUUUCACCAACCAAGAUGGUGUUCAUGGUACUUGGAGCUCUUCUGCUAAUGGCGUGCUUCUGAUUGAUCCUAAAAGUGGCGCCGCUGUAGCCAGAGACGCUGGGACUGCUACUGUGUAUUAUGACAUACCUGGUACAUUGAGAACAUACAGAGAGGUGAUAGUGGAAGCAGCAACAAAAACAGCAGCUAUGGCACAGGCUACUCCAAUCAGGAAUGGCAAAGAAACCAAAGUCCUACUCACUACCAGAGAAAGAGGAACCAACCUCAUCGGAACCUGCUCCCCCAUCCAGACUGAAGCUAUUUCUCAGUUGCAGCCAGAAACUUCUGUCAGCUGCCAUCUCAGCUUCACCAGUGAAGUCGUUGAUUUUCCUGCUAGUGACGUCUUCAAAACACACACCAGCUUUGACCCCAGCAUUGGCUUCUACACAUGUUCCAUGACCUUGCGGCCAAAGACUGACCAGCAGACUCGUAUGCUCAGCGUGUCUAUGACCAACCUGCUGGUGAAGGCAGGCCUGGAGGGCAGUGCCUUCUCUGGGGAACAGGUCAGCACCCGGCUGCCCAUAGAGCCAGGACUUUACAUCGACCAGACUGAGCUGCUGCUCUCAAACCUGCACCCAUCUGCUGAGCUUACAAUCUUUGGCCCAGCUGCUGCCCUGUCCGACAUGAAGGUUAUGUCAUCCUCUCCUAUCAUUGCCGUCCACGAGAAGGAGGUAAACCACGGCUUCCCCAGUUACUCAAAGUACAGUGUCAACGCUGUGGACCCUCAGGCAGCAGCUUCUGCUUCUAUUUCCAUAAGCAGCACUUCCUCUGGCCAGAGCCUCCUCAUCCCCGUCUCUUUGAUUCACGUGACUGAUCCCAACGCCGCCACGCAAGCUGUUCCUCCAGUUGCUAACAUGGAGGGGGGGCACUCCCUGCAUAGCUUUAUAAACAGCUACGAGAUGAUGUUCUUCACCCUGUUUGCGCUGCUAGCUGGCACAGCGAUCACCAUCAUCGUCUUUCACACAGUGUUCUCUCCAAGGUAACAAACCCAUCACCCUGCUUACAUCCAGACUACACCACCCAUCUCAGGUUUAGACUCUCCAGUAGAGAACUCCUUCAACCAUAAGAUACCCAAGAUUGACCCACACAGAAGCCCCAAGUUGGGUCUUUAUUCUGCAGACUAACCGUCCUGAUGAAGCCCUCUGUCUGCUCUCUAUUCUUAAAAGGGGAACACCACAGGCCAUUAACGCAUAUUGAAUGUGCCUCUCUCCCUCAGGAUGAAUGCUUUGGGGAUAUGACUACAAAAUUUCACUGUUUCACUGUUGGUACAAAUGCUCAAAAGAAACUUAAUUUUCAGAAUAGCAGAUCAAUUAAGAACUGCAAGAUGAUAACAGGGCUAUUUUCUUUGUGUGUGUGUUUUUGUGUGUGAAAACAGGUUUAUAUAUAGUAUAUUCUCUAUGUUUGUUUGUGGUUUGCGAUUGAAAGUUUUAUACAAGACCACUCUGUUGUUAACUAAAAGUUUUGAAGAGUGCUUAAAAAACCAAAUCCACUAGUUUGUGCUUCUCUAAGACUCCUUUACAUAUUUGUUUGACAUGUAUUUGUGUGCUACUUAUCAUAUUUGUCAUGUGAAGUUUAGUAACUCAGGAUGAACCACAUUCUUGUAUAACAGAAGGCAGACUUCAGCUUAAAAAUGUUGAAAAUUAUUUUUAUGUUGUAGCAUUUUGUGUACAUUUUUGUCCACUGAAGCCGUCCUCAAAGGUGACGAACCCUUCAAAUGUGCAGAAUCCUAACCGGGAAAAAGGUUGGCCUUUUUCUUUUUUUGGGCAUUUAUUUGGGACGUAAACUUCCUCAUUAGUCAACAUUACUGAGUUUUUGAGCCAAAAUACAUGCAGCUCCUGUCUUAUUCAUCAAUGUGAAACAGUUAAGGAAUGUGAACGUCAUUCAUUUUUUUAAAUCCAGUGUUGUUUCAUUGCAAAAGCAAUUAAAUGUGACUUGGUUUCAUUUCUGAAAAAUGUAAUUUUUCAGUUUGUUUUUACCUGCCCACAUUUCCGGGAAGAGAUUACUGUAGCACUGUUGAAAUGCUGAAACAUUAGAGUAUGACUUGGAUUUAAAUGGCACAUUUUUGUAAUUGAAAAAAAUUGUUGAUAAGGAAUUGUAUUUAUGUUAGCUAGUGAAAGUCUGUAAGAAGAAUGUGUGACGAUGAAAUGGCUUGUGCUGUUUUUGUGUUAAAGUUUCAUAGUCAUGCCUUUAUAAUCAUAUUGAACAACUCUCAGCACAUGUCAGAGAAAUGUUUGUUUGCUUGUGUGAAUAUGCUACUGCCUUUGCUAAUUAAAGUUUU